UUUACCGCAUAACUUUAAAAAUGCGUACGGAUAUAAGAAAUUUAUGAGCCAUGCGUAUAUGUAUAUGUUGUACGGAUGGAUCAGCUUUUUCCUAAAGCACAGUACGUGCUGUAGCCAUAAGCCUUUCUCUUGAACCUUAGUAAAACUCUAAGUCCACUGCGUUCAAGGCGUUGCUAUCUUAUUUUCAUACAUCCUUCAAAAUCUCUUUGAGCCAAACACGCAUCUGUUUUGCGGUUAUUUAAAUAAGGCCGAGUGCUAAAGCACUGAUAGAAUGGCUGAAUAGCUAUUCAGUAGUACUGAAAACAAUACCCGAGCUGCCUGUGUUUGCACACUUGCUUAGAAUAAACUAGAUCUAACAAAUCCACAAUUCACCCAUUGUUGGCUUGUUCAAACAAAUUUAUUUUCGAUAGUCAUCUGCAAAAUUGUCUCAAGAAUAUCCUACUGAGCCACGUGCGGCAUAUGACGAUUCGGAGCAAACACACAGUCUGAAAAUGGACCAAAAGAAUUGUGAGUGAUGGGUAUAAAUACCCUAAUUAAAAGCAGGGAAAGUACAGUACUUGAGUACAGUGUUCAACGGACGGAGCUAAAGAUGCGAUUCCAAUUCGUCCUGGCCUUUGGUCUUAUCGCCCUUGUGGCGACCGCUUAUGCUGUCACUGACACGACAGGCACCGGCAGCACGGGCACCGAUACUACGGGCACCGGGAGCACGGGCACCGAUACUACCGGCACAGGGAGCACGGGCACAGGCAGCACCGGGAGCACUGGAACCGGGAGCACGGGCACCGGGAGCACGGGCACUGGUAGCACCGGAAGCACGGGCACUACCGGGAGCACGGGCACUGGCAGCACCGGAAGUACGGGAUCAACCACCUCUGGCAGCCCCAGCACCUCAACUGGCUCAUCCUCGACCAAUCCGUCUCCUUCCACAACCUCGCCCUCCACAGCGCCCACCACGGCCACCUCCCCGAGCGACUCCUCAUCCUCCGGCUCCAGCAGUAACUCCUCGUCGUCCAAGCGGAACCGCAGGGAGAGGCGUCGUCGCCAACAGCGUCGUCUGAGACGCCAGGAGAGACGCCAGGAGAGACGCCGUGAGAGGAGGCAGCGCAAGCGCCAGCAGAACCGUCGGGGCUGAAAUGGGAAGCCCCAACUCACAUGACAUUGUAACUCAAGGCAAAUAAAAUGUUUAUAUGAAAACCCAAUGGUCCCCA